AACAUGCAUAAUUGCAUAUCUAGUAAAAACCUCUGAUUGGCAGAAACUCCAGCUCAGGAACUUACUCUAUUUGGAAUUUCGUCUUAAAUUCGCUUUCUCAUCUUCUUUUACUUCUCGGUUUCAAGAUCUCUUUCAGAGAUUUCUCAUUUUACUUAUCCUCCUGGCUUGCGUGAGUUUAGACGUGCGACAUUGUUUCUUCAUCGUAAUCAUAGGUUACGUUUUCUUGAUCUCGUAAGGAAGAAUCUUCCUCACUAGGCUCUGAUCUUUGCGGUGGAAGAUUGCUUCUUUCUUUGUGUAUCAAAUUUUAAAGUUGGAUUGAAGUCCUAGGUUUUAUCAUCUGAGGUUUAGAUGUAUCUUCUUUCUUUGCUUAUGCUUGGUUUUACUACUGAUUAUGAUUAUGCUGGUUAAUUGGUGUUGCUUUAGGGAUUUCACGUUACACUUGCUCCCAUGGACAAUGAUGUUUUCCAGAUUCGCCGGUCCAUGCGAGACGCUAUCUUCGUCCAGUUAGAGAAGCGAAACCCACUUCCGAAUGAUGAUGCAUCAAAGGGGAAGCAUUUAGAUGCUGCUAAACGCUUAGAGGAAGGACUUUUUAAAAUGGCUAUGACAAAGGAGGAAUACUUGAACCCGUCAACUCUUGAAUCUCGCUUGACAAGCUUAAUAAAAGGCAGGCAAUUGAAUAAGUACAAGCACCAACAUGCUGAUUCUUCUACGCUUGGAACAACCAUAACACCUACUCCAGGAGUCUCUGCUGAACCCACAAUGGAUAAUGAGAACAGAGAUCAGUGCGAGACAGAGAUUGCUGAGAAUCUGAAGUCAGUGAGCCUUGAGCCAUGAAGAUUAUCAGAAAGUUCUUUUUACGACUUGUUUGGAAACGUUUUCAUUGCUUAUGUUACAAGGAAAAGAUGAUAACAUAUACAAUACUAACGCUUCUGCCUUCUCCAUUGCUACUGUAUUGCUAAUUGUAAGAUCUAAAGUAGGAAUGGUAAAACCGGUUAUGAUUUGUUUCCGGUUAGACUUGGAACAUGUAUGAAUUUGAAUGGUUUAUUAUUAGUUACUCUUGGUAA